AUGCUUGUUCUCGAAAAGAAGCCCCUCAUUUUAGCCACAGGUCUUGCUACCAUUAACUAUAUCUGCAAGCCGUACGAGUUUGUAGGCACCUCAUUUGGUGAUAAAACAAAGGCUUAUCGUUUCUCCCGCUCUCUCGCUCAUGUCGUCAAAACUCUUUCCGACGAUAAUCCGCCGAAACGAAGCAAGGUUAUUCUGCUUUAUGGCUGGCUACUCGUUUAA